AUGUCCUCCCAUGUACCCGCUCAAAUUCUUCCCUUACCUGCAAUGACCGCAACAACUCCAAGCCCCCAUUCAUAUAUGCCAAGCCAUGUCAGCCACGCCCAACCAUAUGUUCCACAUACAUUUGAUACCACUGGUCAAAUACCACCACCUGGUGCGAAACCGAGGGUUACGGCUACGUUGUGGGAAGAUGAAGGAAGCUUGUGUUUUCAGGUGGAAGCUAAGGGUGUUUGUGUUGCGCGCCGGGAAGAUAACCACAUGAUCAACGGAACAAAGUUGCUCAAUGUUGCCGGCAUGACAAGAGGACGACGGGACGGUAUUCUGAAGAGCGAAAAAGUGCGCAAUGUCGUCAAAAUAGGGCCGAUGCAUCUCAAAGGCGUUUGGAUCCCAUUUGAACGGGCACUUGAAUUCGCCAACAAGGAAAAGAUCACAGAAGAACUUUAUCCAUUGUUUGUGCAUGAUAUCGGAGCCCUACUAUACCAUCCCACCAACCCAUCUAAUAAUAGAAGCGGCGCCCUUGCAGCAAGGAACGAUCAGAGGCGCUUUGAAGCAAGUCAGGCUUCUCGAUCGUCACAAGCUGGACAACCCCCACCUCUGCAUCAUCAUCAUUCAAUGCAUAACCCUCUUACAUCCCACCUAUCCCAACCUCCUCAUUCCAUGGGCUCCCAUUCUGGGCAUCCUCGCCCUGGGUUAGAUCGUUCACACACAUUCCCCACACCCCCGACCAGCGCAUCCGGUCUGAUGGGCAUCGGAAGCCAAGGUGGAUCUUAUGAAUGGUCUGGCCAAAAUAUGGGGACUGGCGUUCAGGGCUCACAGGCUCUUUCGAUCGACACGGGUUUAACAAGUGCCAGAUCGAUGCCGACAACACCCGCCACCACACCCCCCGGAACCAGCCUGCAGAACAUGCAGUCAUAUCAAAGCCAACCAAGCUAUGACAGUUCGAAGUCAUACUAUUCCGCAGCCCCUACGUCUCAAGCGCAAUAUGCGCCACAUAAUACCAUAACCCAACAGAGUAAUACGUCGAGGUAUGGACAGACAAUAUCCACGAACCCUUAUGUCAAAAAUACAAUGGGACCUCCGUCAGGGCGGACGGGAGUGCCAACUACACCAAACUCCAGUGAAACCAAGGCUGACCAAUAUUCUCACAGCCAGGGAAACGGACAAGUGAGCCAUGGACCGGGUGAGGGAGAGGCAGAUCAUGAUAAUGAACCCGAGUAUAUCAACGACACAAAUGCUUCUUACAGUGCCAACCGUGGCUCAUAUGCGUACACCAUCAGCACCGGCGCAGGCAAUCUCAAUGGAGAGCACUCUCACCUUUCCUCCGAGAUAACUGAUUCUUCCUCCCAUCCAAACGGCUCUGAUAGCAGGGUCACUCCUCGGACCAGUAGCCAAUCGCAAUGGACAUCAGUAUACCCUACCCCAUCACGACCUGCAGCGCCUUCCAGCAAUCUCUACAGUGUGAUGAGCGAUACUCGUGGUACCGCCACUAAUGGAACGACAGGGGACUCUUAUUCCACCUCUUCAAAUGGUCCAUCAGCUUACUCGUCAAUGAAUGGCUCUGGGAAACGUAUGCGCGACGAUGACAGUCAAGAUCAAACUUCUCUGUCCGAUACCCAGAAUGGUGACAGCACCUACGAGCAUAAACGUCGGAAAACGCUGGUUGACGGCGUUGGAGGCCCUGUCGGUGGCACACCACUUGGUAUGCCGAAAGCGACUCCUGUCUCCCGCCGUCGAUAG